AUGAAAAAAUGGGAAAAAACUACAUACAUGGUUGCCAUUUAUUUGUUUUUACUGGAACUUCGGCCACUAGAACCAUUUAUGACGGCUUAUUUAAUAGGACCAGAUGCAGACUUGUCUCUUAACGAGGUAGCCACCGUGAUUGAGUACCUCAAAACAUAUUCAUCGCUAUUAAUAUCAGUGUUAAUGUUUAUGACUGCUGACUACCUUAUGUACAAGCCAAACAUUAUAUUUUUGACUGUUUGUUCAUGUGUCGCUUAUUUCCUCAUGACGGGUUCACCCAGUGUUACGCAGCUGAGGCUGUCCUCGUGUGGUAUCGGGGCAAUAUAUAGCUGUGAUAUGAUAGCAUUCUGUUAUUUGUAUGCUAAAAUCGAGGACGUAGAAAAAUUUCAGAUGGCCACUGCUAUUGUUUCGGCAGCCAUACAACUUGGUAAAGUUGUCGGAGAUUUCUCAGCACAAGCUAUAGUCAACUUGACCGGAGGGAUUUAUACUGUCUUGCCAUACUGCAACGUGUUCAGUUUGUUGUUAGCUACAACCUGGGUUUGUCUGUUUCCAUCUGUCGAACAGAAUAAUGAUAGACUAAAUUCAAAAGUGCCAUGCGAAGAUUCGGCACUUCUUAAAAACUGCGUAGAGAGCAAAACGAAACAUUUUAAACAAAAUAAAAAUACAAUCGAGUUCGACGAAGAUUACAAAACUGUGGUAUUUUUCUCCAAAGAAAUAUGGAUGAACUUCAAAUCUUCAUAUUCAAAUCCAGUUGUACUGAAAAAAAGUUUAUGGUAUAUAGUGGGUAUGGCAGCGUAUAUUCUGGUCUUAGCUAACAUAAACGUUUUGUACUCGUACGUAAUCAAAAAGCCCGGAAAUCACGAUGUCUUGUCAAAUGGACUUGCCGAGGCAAUGGUUACGUUAUGUGGAGCCGCGAGUUCGUACCUAAUUGGAAAAGUACAAUGUGAUUGGGAGCGCUAUGGUGAUAUGUUCACCGCAUUUUGCUCUAUUGUCAUGGGAGUGCUAAUAAUGUCAUGUUACUUAUAUGAUAAACUCAUUUUUAUAUAUUUGGCAUACAUAUUAUUUGGUCUAAUAUGUCAAAUGCAUUUUGUCAUAAUCUACACCGAAAUUGCAAAACAGCUAAAGAGGCAGUGUUAUUCUUUAGUAAUAGAAUUCAAUUAUUUUGGAUCUUUAACGGUGGUCACUAUUUUGACAUUAUUUAUUGUUCAAUAUAAUUUCAUGAACAUUACUAUUCCUGGGAGAUUUUUGUUCAUUGGUGGCUUAUAUUUUAUGCUAGGUAUAAUAUUCAUGUUUAUUUGUAUACUUGAGAUUAGAAAAAAUAAAACAUUAUACUGA